UGUUGAUCAUCCUCGGUGUUUCUUGUUCACCUAGUUUCAAAAUCGCGAUCCACCUUGUACAAAAGAACUCGCUCGCGUAGUUUGAUAAUUGAUAUUUCUGCCGGCAAGAGCAGCACGAGCACCAAGCCCCAGCCAGAGCUUGCCAGACUUUGUGCUCGAACUAACACCAAAAACAGCAAAAGAAUGCCACGUCGGCGCAACCGCGGUCCUCCCACGGAGGCGGAGUGGGCCCGGAUCGCUCACUACUCUGCGUUGUAUAUGGAAACUGUGCGACGCGAAAUGGAGGAUGCGGAAGGAGCAUGGAUGUGGGCGGAGGAGGACUGGGAUUGGGUGGAAACUGGUCGUUGGCCGCAGGACAACUACUAUCAGGAUGACGGCCGUGACGAAUGUGGAGGAACCGGCGCCACGAGGGAGGAGAAAAAGUGCGCAAUCUGCUGCUCUACCGGUGAAUCGCCGGAUGGGGACGUCGCCGACGAGGAAAGCGACGAUGAUGACUGAGUCUGCCACUUGAAGACCAAGGCCUAGUAUCGCGUUUAUAUGAUACGUCGUAAUUUUUGUUUUGAUAUUUCGUUUUCGCCUCUGUAGAAGAACAGAGAAGAAGGAGAAGCAAAAAUAAUUGUUGCCGUGUCGACAAGCUCAAGCGACUUGAUGGCUACAGAUAAGAAAAAUGUUUAUUUCGUCGCGGUGCGGUACACGACCGUGUACGUGUAAUAUAGUUCGUUCUCUAGCGAAAAACAAAAAGCUUACGUUGUCAAAAUGUUCUGGUCGGUCUUGUAGGUCCGUGCAUAUAACCUGCUGCUUCAUCUGGGCGGUGUUGUACUGGCUAUAGAUACGAAACCUAAUGACGCUGCUCGUAUCUAUUCGUUUUCGUAACCAAAACAUAUAACGAGACAAAAAGCCACACGACGUUUAUUGCUGGGCGGCCUGUAACAAGAACUUCAACUUUUCACCGGCUGGAAAUGACUCUAGUACUGAGAAAUUAUAGAUACUGCCACGACAAGGAAUUUCGAUUUCAGGGGGCACGACGUGCUUCUGCAGCGAAAUGUACUGACACAAAAAUGUAAACAAAGACUAUGGACGAGAGGCGAAGAUAUUUGAAGAUAAGACCAACAU